AUGGUGCGCAUGCCUGGAUCUUCUGGUGACACACAGGGAUUUCACCGUGAGUCCGACGAAGAUGCCACCAAGAUCAAGUUGGAACCUGGGAAGGAGGCGUCAGUGGAAGGGGCAUCGCCGCAGACGCUGCUGAGGGAAGCAGGAUACACGCAAAGUCAGAGUGUUGGGAGGAGCUCUGAUAAUGCCAAGGAGGAAGUUCCAGACAUGAACCUAAACUCAACCACAAACACCCCGUCGGCCUCGCGCGAUGCCGCGAAGAAGAAGAAGAAGCCGAAGUCAUCCCGGAAGCAACUGAAGGCGCCUGACUCCGACACGGAGGACCGCGGGGACCAACAGUGGACCAACGAAGAUCUGGCCCAGGCCUUCUACAAGAAAGACCUCUUCUCGUUCUUGUUGGACGACCCAGUGAUGAAGAUCCUGAACCCGACGUUGAGCGGAGAACUCCAAGGUCCCACGAUGGAACCAGCGGAGACGCCUCGACAGCUGGAGGCGUUGACUCAACUCUUGCGAAUGCUGAAAGUUGCAGGCAUCACAGCAGGGGCGUUUAACGCGUGUGAGCUCUUCGAUCUCGAGACGUCGGUGAUCCAACACUCCGUGAGAGUAUUGUACGAGAAGUUGGAACCGUCGUCGCAGUACGCAUCGGCCACGUCGGAAGCAGAGUCGGACAACUCCGCUGAUCUGCAGCGGAUGACGCUUGGUCCGUCCGGAGAAGAGAUGCUACGGGAUCGCCAGGCUAACAAGAAGCCUGAUCGAUCAUCGCACGAGCCGACACCCAUGGCCGCACUGACAGUGACGUCAAGGAAUCCAGAGCAGAUGCAGACCUUCUUCAAUGCAGCCAUGAGCCGAUACCUCCAGGAGACCCAAACCGAAGGGUUGACACCAACGGCCGGUCGACACACGACGACCAACCCAGAUGUGGAGAUGGAAUCAGUGGAGUCCCAUCACGGCUCACACGAAGUGCCUCAAUACGAGCCGCCGACCAAGCUCUUAGCGGGUAGACGAGAAUGCCCGAAGGCGAUGAUCGUCAUGUCGGCGUCGGCAAGGGAGUCGACCACUGCACCAGAUAUCGUGGACGAAGAGUCGGCAGGGUUUCAACCGAAGGCAGAGGGUCGUAUCGAUACGACUGAACCAAAGGGAGAGAUCAAGAGUGAUCGAGAACAGCCUCGAUCAACGGCAUUGGGAGGGACACAAGUUGACCCGAAGGAGGAAGCUGACGAUGACAUGGACGAUGAUGUCUGCUACCACGAAGGCGGAGACAUCUUCCCUGAAGACAUCGAGAACAACAUGGCUGUCCUGCCGGAAGUGGAGGCUACCACGAAGGAAGUCACCAUCGACAACAUACAAGUAGAUGAGGAAUGCGAGCGACUACGUCGCAUCAUCUGGAAGCGACGCCACUUGCUGAUCGGAGCUGCGCCACAAUUCCGCGAGAAGCUGUCCAUGCUCAUCAAAGGACUGCUGUCGGCAAAGAACAUCACUACCUCCACCUCACCUUGGGCGUCACCCAUCGUAGUCAUCAUCAAGGAUAACGGGGUCGGCAUCCGCCUCUGCCUCGACUACCAGGUAGUGAACAGCCUUACGAGGCUGAUGGUAUACGCCAUGCCUGGCUUCUGGGUGGUGUCAAUGACCCCGCGCGCAAGGCUGGUGUCAGCGUUCAUCACACCGUUCGGGUUAAAGAACGCUCCUCAGAUCUACCAACGAAUCGUCGACAACGCAUUGUAUGGUCACAUCCCCAUCAAGCCCGAUCAGGAUAGGUCAAACCCGGUUGACGUCUUCGAGGAAGGAGAGCCGGAGCCGGAACCUAACCCGUCGGUCCUCGGGGGGAGGGCGUAUGUGGACGACAUCCUUGUGACGGGUGACUCGUGGGAUAGCAUGUGCAACCGUGUCGACAAACUUCCCGACGUCUGUGAUCGGUGGAACUUGUCGAUCAGCGAGCUCGACACAAUCGCGAUCCUUCCGUUCCCCACCAAGUUGAAGGCGAUGCAGUCGUUCCUCGGAAGCUUGAACUAUUACAGCCGCUUCAUUGAGGACUUCGCAGUCUAUGCCCCGAUCUUGUACGAGCUGCAGGAAGCAGAGUUCCAUGAAAUCGCCAAGAUGGACGCAGAGGAGUCGCAGGCCGAGGAUAGUCAAUUAACUGGGGGCGAACGCGAUAGGUGGGCGAGGGCGAAGAACGCUUUCACUAUACUGAAGGCGAAGAUCAUUGCCACGCCUGUCCUGAAACACUUCGAACCGGAACGCACCCCGACGAAGAACGCUUUCACUAUGUUGAAGGCGAAGGUCAUUGCCACGCCUGAACACGAAGGUGUAUACCAUCCGGUGACCUUCACCAGUCGCACGUUGAAGGCAAACGAGCUCAACUAUGGAGUGGUGGACAAGGAAGUAUUGGCGCUUCUGCGAAUCUUGGACGUCUGUUACUCACAGCUGGUUACCAGAUCGAUCAAGGUCUUGUCACGAUUCUCGACAUUGGCAUGGUUGCUCAAGUCGAACGGGUUCGACGGUCGACUGGGUAGGUGGGCAGCGCUGCUAUCAGGGUGGACUUUGGAAGUCACCAAAUGUGUGAAAGGUGAAGACGAAAUCCUUGGAACAAUCGCAGCAAGCAUCACCUACGAAGCCCUAGUCGUGAUAGCGCCCAAGAAACAGUCACGGAAAAUGAUCACCAUGCCUCCACUCACGAUCGAACCAGACGAGAACCUCUUGGUGGUGAGUUUCGACGGGUCUACGCGGCUGAAGCGCAGCGGUGGUGCGUAUAGUGCAGUCGUGUGA